AUGUUCUUCAGAAUUCUUCCAUUUAUCCCCUUCCUCAUCCCUUUUCCCAUCAUUCUCCACACCACAGGUCUCAUUAUUAUUAUUAAUAUGUUCGUCCAGACACCAAUCACCUUCAGAAAUCUUCCAUUUAUCUCCUUCCUCAUCCCAUUUCACUUGGGAUGGCUGAAAAUCGUUCUUCACGUCAUAGCUCUGCAUCAGGCAUCUGCCAGCCAUCUCCUGUAUCAUCCCAAUUCCCAUUCGAAGACUGAAAAUUAUUCUCCCCAUCAUAGCCCGUAUAGUAUUGUCCAUCAGUCGGACCUAAGCCCACAG